AGGUGUUGUGAAUCGGAGCUCUCUCUCUCUACACAUAUCGGAGCGCUCUCUCUCUCUGCAUAUUGUAGCAUAUUUGGAGCAUCGGAGAUGUUUUACUCGCACACGUUUUUGGCUCGAAAGGGGCCAUUGGGAACUGUAUGGUGUGCGGCACAUCUGGAGCACAAACUGAGGAAGUCUCACUAUACCUCUACUGAUAUACCUUCUACCGUUGAGCGCAUAAUGUUUCCGGAAGUCCCUAUUGCACUUAGAAUGUCAGGUCAUCUUCUUCUGGGUGUUGUCCGGAUAUAUUCAAAGAAGGUUGAAUAUCUACACCGCGAUUGCAAGGACAUUCUGAUACUAUUUGGAAAGGCCUUUGCUCCUACACAAGUUAAUCGCCAAGAAGUUAAUCUCCCAGAAGAUGCGACCCAUGCCCCAUUUCACUCUGUCACUUUGCCGGACACAUUUGAACUCGAUGCCAUGGAUUUGGAUGAUGGAUUUUACUAUGAGAGGAAUCAGGAUAAACAUCUUAUGAAUGCAGAGGAGAUAACAUGUACAGAUCAAAUUCCAAGUGGAAGGGAUCCUUACAUUGCCAUCACUUUCGACAUGGACAUUUUGAGGGAUUCAUCACAUGUCGAAGGUGCUUCUGGCUCAAGAGGCAGAGCAAUGGAGGACAGGUUAAUUUCAUCAAUUUAUGAUUACAGUACCAAUCCUUCGCUUCCAGGAGACACAACUGUUAGUUUUCAGGAUCCUGGUCCAAGCAAUCAGACAGGAAUUAAUGAAGAUAAUCAUCCACAAAAUUUUCCAGCAAUGGAAGUUAUGCGUGAUGCUGUUCAUGAUUUUAACUUGGAAAAUAUUCCAGUGUGGCCAGAUCAACAGAAUGAUAUACUUGGACCGGACACAACUUUAGAGCGCCAGGUAAUGGAGAUGGAGAUUAGUCCAGUCGUCGAAGAAAUGUUAGCUUCUGGAGGGCAGUCUCUCCCAUGUGAACAACGUCAAGAACCACCAACUUCUGUUGCUCCAGAACAUGCUCCUGAGAUUUCUGGUUCACACAUUUCAUUCGGGAAUUUAUCACCUGGAUUGGCAAUUCAACCAUCUCCACCCGCUGAACAGCCACAAGCAAGACGAAGAAGGAAGAGGGCGCAAUAUGAUGAGGCUGUUGGAUUGACUAAUGAGUAUGGAUGGUUCAUGAAGGCUGCCAUUGGAGAUUCUAAUGGUUUGUUGCGGAAUAGAAUAAAUGUCCCUGACUCUUAUGUGGAUGUUUGGAAGUUCCAGAAAAGAUCAAAAAAGGAAAAAAUAUUCACUGAACCCUUAAUUAGUGGUUUGUGUGGAGAACUGUGUAAUAUUUUUCAGAAAGAUUUUAUUUCUGCAAAACCUCAUUUAGCUGUUGUAGAGGAAUCUCAUCCCAAUCCUAGUGUUGCACAACUCACUGCUUCCAUGCCUGAUGAUGAUUUGGGAAUUGAACGUCUUCGAGAUUUUGAAGACCCUGCUGGCAGCAAUGUUUUACCCGAAUUGAGGCUGUCUCCGAAUAUUUGCAUUCCUUCAACAUCUAGAACAGAUGACUUUACUCCUGCCUUUACUGACAAUUUAGGCUCACAGUCGGGUUCUCAUGUUGAAACAACUAUUAUGACUAACAUGCUACCCACUCCGGAUCUGGCAGCAUCUACCGGGCCUUUUGGAUCCGAGAUGGAAACACCAAUGACCUUUCCAGAGCAACUAGAUGUAGGGGAUUUUGUUCUUUCAGAUAUUCCUGAGGUGAUGAAUUCGGCAGAAGCAGAAGACCUGGACUUUUUGGCAGAAGACAACACACCAGCUGGAAUUCAAGGAACUCCAGGAGUUGACCAAUUGUCUGCGAGAACAAGGGCUGUGGCUCAAUUUAUCAAAAGGAAGUCUUCGGGUACCCCUACCUCAAGAGACUUAUCUGGAGAUCUCAUAUUGAACAAGAUCUUAGAAGGAAAAAGGAGAAAAAUAUGUGCACGAAUGUUUUUUGAAACAUUGGUUUUGAAGACUCGUGGACUUGUAGAUGUGCAACAGGAAGAACCUUAUGGUGAUAUCACAUUGAGGGUGACUUCUAAACUUUCAAAGGACCAGUCUUUAAGUUAAAUGUGCUUGGAAGACUUCAUGUAUAUAGUGGGGGUUUGUACAGUGACAUCAACAAAAUUUCAUAACCUUAUUAUAGAUAUGCGUAGGCCUAUUGUUUUUCUUUUGGAGUAUGCUAAAUUGUUUCAAAUUCUGGUGCUCUCUUCAUGUAUUUUUGACUAUUUAUUUGGUGCAAUAAAACAGAUUUUUGAUGAAAA